CAUUUCCUCCAGUUUCAACACCGCGCUACCGGAGACAAACACAGCAGGUUUUCAACACUGAAAGUUCUUUGUUCGUCUUCAGCGUUGGACAGAAGCUUAAGCACCAUGAUGGCCGAUAAGAUGAGUAUGUCUCUGGACGACAUUAUCAAGCUCAACAAGAAAGGAGGCAGCGGCCGCGGAGGAGGAUCGUCUGGGUCUGGUACAGGUUCAGGUCGGGCCGGUGGAUCGUCGAGGCCAGUGCGCAGUCGACAAAAUAACUUCAACCGUGAGAGAAACAACAGAUCCACACCGUACACCAGGCCCAGAGAGUUACCAGACAAAUGGCAGCAUGACAUGUUUGAGGAGGAUAUUAGUGGACACAGAGGACAAAGCGCAGGAGCUGAAAGAAGGGUAGAAAAUAGUGGCAAGCUGCUGGUUUCCAAUCUGGACUUUGGCGUCUCUGACUCCGAUAUCAGGGAGCUGUUUGAAGAGUUUGGGGCAUUAAAGAAAGUGUGUGUACACUAUGACCGGUCUGGUCGCAGUAAAGGAACGGCAGAUGUUCACUUUGAAGAUAAAGCAGAUGCUCUGAAAGCCAUGAAGCACUAUGAUGGUGUCCCACUUGAUGGUCGCCCCAUGAAAAUCCAGCAAGUGACUUCAGAGGUCGAUGUGCUCAGUAGACAAUCCACACAAACUUCAAACAGAGGGUUUGACCGGAGCAGGCUUGGUCAACCUAGAUUUGAGAGGAGGGAACGGGAUGAAAAGAGACAAGGUGGUGGCAGUGGAGGUUUCCGAAGUCGUGGAAGAGGAAGGGGAAGGGGAAGUGGAAACAGACCCCAGCUUUCUGCAGAAGAGUUGGAUGCCCAGCUGGAUGCUUACAAUGCCAAGAUGGACACCAGUUAGAAGCACCCAGUGAGGAUGCUGCUCCUGUCCUUUUUUUUAAAUUUUGGACAUUAAUUAAAAAACGGAUUAAUCAGAUACGGUGAAUUGAACUUUUACACUUUUGUUUUGAAGCCAUUUUAUUGUAUGGACCAUUGUAUUCUGUUGAUUUUUGUAGCCAUGUCUUCUGGGGCAAUUUUAUAUUUUGAGAAUAUUCCUCUUGGCCCACCAGCUCAUGUGGUCUUUUCCAAAUGUAUGGACUUAAACCUGCAACAUGUUCUUUUUCUUUUUUUUUUAAUAUUAUUAUUAUCAUAUAAACCUGAUUCAAGGGUUUGAUAGGCUGUUUAAUGUACUGGUAAAUGUUGAUACACUUCAGUUCAGUCACUUGGUACUGUAUACUUGACAUGAUGAGGGUUUUGUACAUAAAUACAUUAUAUUGAAUCAUC